CCGCAGAGCGUUAGAAUUUGCAGAGAGAAAGGCGGAGAAGACGGCGGAGCAAGGCGGCCGGAGAAGAGGGGAAACGCCGUGACUGAAACUCCGAUUACCGUACCGACGCCGGUGAGGAAAGAGAUCGAUCAGUACAUAUACAUACAGACCAAACCCUAGUCCCAAUUUUUUGUUUUUAUUUUUUUGUUGGAAUUUUUAAAAAAUGUAUGGGGAUUGCCAAGUGCUGUCGUCCAUGGCCGCCGGAAAUGGCGUCCCGCCGCCGGACUCGUUCUUUGCGCCGCCGCAGCUCGGGCAGAACCCUAGUUUCGGCUUCAUGUCCAACAUCAACAUGCCUUUCUCCAUCUUCCCUCCCAUCAUCCCUAAGGAAGAAGCUGGGUUAUUAAUGAAGGGGAAAGAGGGAGUGGAUAGCGGUUCAGGGAGCGAGCACAUUGAAGGGCUUUCCGGCAACGAACAGGAAACCGAUCAGCGGCGGCCGGCGGCGGAGGAGAACCAGCCGGCGAACAAGAAGAAACGCUACCACCGUCACACCGCGCAUCAGAUCCAAGAAAUGGAAACUUUAUUUAAGGAAUGUCCGCAUCCGGACGACAAGCAGAGGCUGAAACUCAGCCAAGACCUCGGACUGAAACCUCGGCAAGUCAAGUUUUGGUUCCAGAACCGGCGCACUCAGAUGAAGGCGCAACAAGACCGAUCGGAUAACGUUGUGCUCAGAGCUGAAAAUGAUAGCUUAAAGACGGAGAAUUACCGGCUACAAGCGGCGUUACGCAACAUCAUAUGCACCAACUGCGGCGGUCCGGGCAUCUUGGCUGACCUGAGCUUCGAUGAACAGCAACUCCGAAUGGAAAAUGCUCGUCUAAAAGAAGAGUAUGAGCGAAUGUGUUGUAUCUUCUCGCAAUACACCGGACGUGCAGGCCAGCCAAUCGGCCCAUCGCCGCUCCUCCCGGCGGCGCCCUUGGAAUUGGAAACCGCCGGCGGGUUCCCGAGAAAAUUUGAGGACAAUAUGGGCAGUUGUGAGGAUAUGGUUCCCGGUCAAUUCAUGGCAGAAAACCCUCAAUUUGCCGGCGGCCCUUUCAUCGGAGAAGAGGAGAAACCACUGGCGAUGGAUUUGGCAAUUUCUAGUAUGGACGAGCUGGUUAAGAUGUGCCGCGCCGGCGAGCCGCUCUGGGUUCGCGGGAACAACGGGAGAGAAAUGAUGAACGGCGAGGAGUACUCGCGGCUGUUCCCCUGGCCGUUGGGGAUUAACAAGCCGGAAUCAAGUGAUAUCAGAGCGGAAGCCACUAGAGCUACCGCGGUUGUUAUAAUGAACAGCAUCACCUUAGUUGAUGCAUUUUUGGACGCGGGCAAAUGGAUGGAGCUCUUCCCUUCCAUUGUUGCUAGAGCGAAAACCAUUCAAGUUGUUAUGCCAGGGGUUCCGGGUGACGCUAAUGGCUCACUUCAUUUGAUGUAUGCUGAAUUGCAAGCUCUUACCCCAUUGUUGCCAACCAGAGAGUGCUAUUUCCUCCGUUAUUGCCAGCAAAACCCAGAAGAAGGGACUUGGGCCAUUGUUGAUUUCCCUCAUGAUAGUCUCCAGAUUAACUUCCCUUCUUGUUUCCCCCAUUUCAAGAGAAGGCCUUCUGGUUGCAUCAUCCAAGACAUGCCCAAUGGAUACUCUAGGGUUACAUGGAUAGAACAUGCUGAGGUUGAGGAAAACCCAGUGAACCAAAUCUUCAGCAAUUUAGUGGCGAGUGGCGAGGCAUUCGGGGCGAGGCGGUGGCUCGCGGUGUUACAGCGGCAGUGCGAGAGGGUUGCUAGCCUUAUGGCACGGAAUUUAUCAGACCUGGGAGUGAUACCAUCUCCGGAAGCAAGAAAAAACAUGAUGAAUUUGGCUCAGAGGAUGAUCAAAACAUUCUGUGUGAACAUAAGCACAUCCUUAGGACAAUCUUGGACAUCCCUGUCGGAUUCCGCCGAGGAUACUGUCCGAAUCACCACAAGGAAAGUCACCGAGCCCGGCCAGCCGGCCGGGCUGAUUCUCAGCGCCGUGUCCACCACCUGGCUACCCUAUCACCACUUCCAAGUCUUCGAUCUCCUGAGAGACGAACGCCAUCGAGCUCAGUUGGAUGCUCUUUCUAAUGGGAAUUCAUUGCACGAGGUGGCUCACAUUGCCAACGGUUCUCACCCUGGAAACUGUAUCUCUCUCCUUCGCAUUAAUGUGGCUAGCAACUCUUCCCAGAGUGUGGAGCUGAUGUUGCAGGAGAGCUGCACGGAUGAUUCCGGCAGCCUGGUGGUGUACGCCACCAUGGACGUCGACGCCAUCCAGCUCGCCAUGAGCGGCGACGACCCCUCCGCCGUGCCUCUUCUGCCCUUAGGCUUCGUCAUAACCCCCAUGGCUCCCCCAGCCGCCGCCGCCCCGUCCUCCGAACCCGAAUGCCUGCCGGAAUCCGGCUGCCUCCUCACCGUCGCUCUCCAGGUCUUAGCCAGCACAAUCCCCACCGCCAAACUCAACCUCUCCAGCGUCACCGCCAUCAACCACCACCUCUGCAACACCGUGCAACAAAUCAACGCCGCCCUUAGCGGCCUCGACGACACCGCCGCUGCCGCCGACCAGUUCCCGGAAACCGACGACGAGAAACCCUAAUUACCCAAAACCUCUCCCUUGAAAAACGGAGUGAGAGGUUCUGAGUAAUUUGUGAAAAUCUCGGAGGGCAGUAUUGUCAAAACAACAAAAGUCUUGUUGGUAGGCAUUGGUAGAUAGGAGUAGUAAUUGCCCUCUGCAUGUGCAUGAACUAUAUUGCUGGCCUGCUGGGUAAAUAAAUGAUAAGAGACAAGUAGUGGAACUAGUAGUUCUUUAGGGGUAAUUAGGUAAUAGUGCAGGUAGGCUGGCCCUACUAUAAUAUUACUCAACGCACACCCUCUAAUAUUUUUCCGCAAAACUGACUUGAAUUUAUCCAUGUCCUCGUACGUUAUCAGUUCGAGAACAUCAAUAAACUUAAGUUAAUUUUGCAUAAAAAUAUUGAUCGAGAGUGCAAAUAGAGUAACAUUAUUUUCUUAGCUUGCGUCAAUGAUUGUUGUUUUUGUGAAUGGAUGAAAACUUUUGCUAGCAAGACAGGUGGGAUCGAGUUAAGAACGAUGAUGAUGAUGUGGUAGAGGAGUCAAGAGCGCACCAGAUAAAAUCCUGGCUGGCUGGUUAGGCUAACCAUUAAUGCUUCCAGCUAGCUAGUAAGGAUGGUGGUUCGGGAAUUGACUUCUUGUCUAGUUGUCUUGUAAUGUUUGACCAUUUCUUGUAUUUCUUUGAAAUUUCUACCUUUGGUACUCAAUUUAAUUAUAUUAAGUGGUAUUGCUCAA